CGUCACCGUACGGCUGUUUGCCUUUCCUGUCUGUAAAAAUGGAGAAGAAAAUGGCAUCAGACAACUUGGAAAUGCGUCUUCAGGCGCUGGAGAGUCGCAUCUAUGGCGAAAGGAGAAACAAAAGCUCUAAACCAUUGAAGUGUGCAGAGUCUUUAGCCAGGAUUCAGGCAGGUCUGACCAACACGGCUAACAAGAGAGAACGAGUCAAGAUCCUGCAUAAAAAGAUUGAGGACCUGAUGAAGUACUUGGACCCCCAGUUCACUGACCAUAUGGCUGUGCCCGACACCAUGAAGAUGGAGUUCAUCCUCGCUGAGGAGGACUUCCUGCUUUCUCAGGCUGCCUUGCUGGAGCAGGCCGACACUCUGCAGCCGCUGCUGGACAGCUCCUACAUCCGAGACGUUCCUGAGCAUGCGACCAAGCUGCAGCGUCUCUCUCAGAUCCACAUCAAACAGCAGGACCAAGUCGAUGCUCAGUGCCAGGAAGUGAAGAAGCUUUUUGAGGACUACAACAAAAUGAUGUUCCUGCUGUCCAAGCAGUUCACCCAGUGGGACGAGACCCUGAGGAAGCUGGAGGAGGCCAAGGGCAUCAGACCUGUGGAGUAACUCCACCUCCAUGUGGAUGAAGACGGGAACGUCAGGUCGCCUGUGUCGCGCCACAUCCACUUUUUCCGAACAAGUCCCACCUCUUUCACAAUGUUGACGGUAAUUAUGCAAUAUAAUGUGUGUCUUUAUUACCAAAGCUUAUUUUGGGUGCUGACUUUAUGUAACGUAUUUUACGGACAAUUGGGCGCACCGGAUUAUAAGGCGCACUGCCGAUGAAAGGUCUAUUUUUGAUCUUUUUUCAUAUAUAAGGCACACCGGAUUAUAGGGCGCAUUAAAGGAGUCAUAUUUAUUCAUUUUCUAAAUGUAAAAGACUUCCUUGUGGUCUACAUAACAUGUAAUGGUGGUUCUUUGCUCAAAAUGUUGCAUAGAUGAUGUUUUACAAGCCGCUUUCUGACAGUCGCUUCCGGAUACGCCGUUUUGUGGGCGGUCUUAUUUACGUGACAGCGUCUUCUCCCAGUCAUCUUUGUUGUAGCGGUGUAGCGUGCAAGGACGGGAGUGGAAGAAGUGUCAAAAGAUGGCGUUAACUGUUUUAAUGACAUUCAGACUUUACUUCAAUCAAUAACGGAGCAGCAUCUCCUCAUCCGGAAACAGCAACAAAUGUGUCCCGUGAAAAACCGUCCGACCGGAACUCUCUAAUAACUAAAGUUCCUUGGGUGAAUAAUGUAAACUCACUACACCGGUAUGUUUUAGUGCUUUCAUGGCGAGUUUAUUGACAGAUAUAAGUAAGAACUUUACACUACUUUAUAUUAGAAAUGGCAACAGCGGAGGAUGAAUGUCCCAUAUCAAGAAGAUAGAGAAAAAUAAUAAACUUAUUGACUUCGGACUACAAAGGCGGACGCGCGCAAUUUUUCAGGAUUUAUGCAGAUCCCAAACACAGAUCAGCAGGUACCAGAAGGUAAGAAAAGUUGCUUUUGCAUAAUAUUGCAAAACAAAAAACUUAUACACACACCAUAAUAAUACUCCUGUGUUUAAUGCGCUGACAAUCCAUCAAGCGGUGUGGCUUCAUAGCUUACCAAAGUCGUGCUAAAAAAUGUUGAUAGAUUUUUUUUAGCGCCGAGUGUAAUGUUCUAUAUUUUCAAUGGAACAUAUAAAAUGUUGGUGGUGUUUACUUGAGUCAUAUUGCCAUCGUAGUGCAGUCUACACGUAUCUCUUAUGUGUGACUGCCAUCAAAACACGUAUCAUUCCACCAUAUAUCAGAAUAAUCAGAAUCAGAAUACCUUUAUUGUCAUUGCAUGGAAACAAUGAAAUUGAACAGUAAUUCAGCUCAUUGCUUUUAAAACAACCUACAUAAAAUAAUCUCAAAACAAUAAUAAAAAAUGUAAAAACAUAAUAAAAAUGUUAAAAACAUAUUGCACAGCAGAUCUCUGUCAAAGGUAAGCAAGUUAAUAAAGUGGUGAGUGUUCAGGUAAGUGCAGAGUUUAGGGCAAUAACAGCUCAAGGAUAGAAACUGUUUUUCAGUCUAAAAAUAAAGAAAAAAAUUGCUUCGAGGUGGGUAAGCUCAACCUAACGUAUUCCUUACAUAAGCACACUGGGUUAUAAGGCGCACUGUUGAGUUUUGACGGAAAAAAAUGAUUUUAAGUGCGCCUUAUAGUCCGGAAAAUACCGUAACUGAUUUUUUUGUUUGUUUUAAAAUUCAGUGUAACAAAAAUCAAUGUGUAAAAAAAAAAAUCAGUGUAAAAAAUUUAGUUUAAAACAAUUCAGUGAAUAAAAAAAUCUAUAUAAAAACAUUUAAUAUAUAAAAAUUGAGUGUAAAAGUAUUCACUGCAGAAAUAUUUGUUGCUUCCAAACUCGAGACCUUUUAUUGUCUGGUAGCUUACCACCAUCACCUUUUCCUGCUUUGCAAGACCCGUGUCACGUGACUGGAAACUCCACACCUCAUUGGCUGGUUCUGAGACAAGAUCCAUCGCUUCGGUCCUAAUUUAAAGUGAGUCUUGAAUUUUGAAGCAACAAAUAUUUCUGCGCUGAUUUCUUAUUUAUUUGUUUUUUUUUACAAUGAAUUUCAAAAUAUAUUUUAACAAGUUGAACAUUUAAACACAAACAUUUUUGCCCACAAAGGUUUUUUUCAAUGAAAUUGUCAGCAUAAUCUGACAUUAAAAAAUAUUAACUUCACAAAAUUUAAAAGCAACAAUUUAGUUACAUAUAUUAUGUGUCCAAAAAAAAGCUUUUGUAAUAAAGACCCAGAUUAUGAAUCAGCUACGUGGCUGUUAAUUGUGCGGCUGCUACACGGUCGCUACUUGGCAAAUGCUAACAUGUUCAGUCAUCUGCAAGGACGUGACUCCCAUCAUGUACUUAUUUAUUUGUACACAUGGGAGUCUUUUAACGCUCGCAUAUUAGAUUUACCGGUAAAGCAUUCCAGCUCGGUCACAAGACUCGAUCACAACUUCGGCAAGUCUGUCCUUUCCGUUGGGUCUCCUGACAAGAUGGCAACAGUGAUCGUGCUUCUGAAUAAACAUGAUGGCAGUUCA